CACACACACACACACAGUUUUCCUCUUACGUGUGUAUUUUGUGUGACUUUGCAGCGAUAAAGUCGGUCACGAAAGAAAACACCCAAAGACUGAGCGCACGCGGCCACCUCCAUUUUUCCCUUCUUGGCUGAUCUUUGAACCUCGUUUACAGAUCACAGCAGCGGAAAUUGUACCUCGGCAAUAAUCUAAGAAACGGGAAAGAAAUAAAAACCCUAAAAUCUGCUCCGACUCUGGAAUGGAUCUGCUCCUGCGCUGCGUGCUACCUCCACGGACGGCGUAAUUCUUAUUUUCUGGAGGACGAGUAAAAUGCUUUCAGGAUAGCAGAAGUAACUUUUUUUAAUCCCCCUGGAAGAAACGCUUAAAAGUAGAAAAUGUUCACCCUAAUAUGCUUUCUAACGUGCGUCUACUGUGUUGCAACUUCCCCAAGUGUGCAUGGGAAUGGCACAGAUGGAGACGCGUUUUUGGAGAAUAUUAUUCACUAUUAUGGUGAAAAUACAUCCAUUACAACAGCCAAUCUUGAAGAUUUACUGCUGUUAAUCUCUGCCAGAAGAUCUGACUUGAUAACUGAGGAAAAUCCACUGGAAGACCAAGAGUGUCCUUCUGCAGAGCAGAUCUUAUCCCUCUUUGGGUUCAGUAACAUCAGUCAGCUGACUGUGGGACAUCUGGAGAAGAUCUGCCCUGCUGUGUUGACCCAGGUGCUGCUGCCCUCCUGUCCGUACAUGGCCCCCACAGUUAUGCCGCCUGUCGACUACUCUGUGUGGGGUUAUGGGUUUCUGGCUGUCACUGUGAUCAACCUGGCAUCCCUGCUUGGUCUCCUGCUGAUCCCGUUCAUGAAGAAGCCUUAUUUCCCCAAAGUGCUGACCUACUUCAUUGGCCUGGCUAUCGGGACACUUUUCUCCAACGCUGUACUUCAGCUGAUACCAGAGGCCCUGGGCUUUGAUCCUAAAUCGGAUAACUAUGUGGUGAAAGCAGCUGCAAUAUUUGCAGGGUUUUACCUCCUAUUCUUUGUGGAAAAGAUACUGAAAUUGUCUCUCCGGAUGGAGCAUGAGCAUGGCCACAGCCACUUCGCGCCUUUGGAGACACCUCAAGAAAACUCUGUCCACAAUGGGGACAUAGGAGGGAACAAGGACUCCAUCAUUUUAACUGGCAUCACCAUCAUCACCACAGACAAGAGCAGCCCAAGCCCAGAUAGAAAUGUGACACCUUCUCAGGACAGUGAGGUGUCACACGCCAUGUGCCACUGGUUGCGGGGUCAGCGCAUCACCAGCAUCAAGACUGUGGCGUGGAUGAUAACUCUGAGCGAUGCACUCCACAACUUUAUCGAUGGUCUGGCUAUCGGUGCUUCCUUCACAGUGUCUAUCUUGACGGGGUUCAGUACAUCCACUGCUAUCGUAUGUGAGGAGUUUCCCCAUGAGCUGGGUGACUUUGUUAUCCUGCUGAAUGCUGGAAUGAGCAUCCCACAAGCCAUUUUCUUCAACCUGUUGUCAGCCGUGUCGUGUUACGUCGGCCUUGUGUUUGGCAUCCUGCUCGGGAGCAACUUUGCCCCCAAUGCAAUCUUUGCCAUUGCAGGAGGAAUGUUUCUGUAUAUCGCACUGGCAGACAUGUUUCCAGAGAUGGACAGCAUAGCACGGGAACAAAGGCAGACUUCUACCAAGAUUGUCUUCUUCCUGAUCCAAAAUGCAGGGCUGCUAACUGGGUUUGCCAUCAUACUGCUGAUCACCAUGUUUGCAGGAGAGAUCAACCUGGGCUAGAGGACAUGGAGACACAAGCUGGAAAUAAAAAAGAAUUAUGAGCUGCUUCUGUUUCUGCGCACAGCUCACAGAGCUGGACUGCAAAGUGAAUUCAAAGUGAAGACCUGACGUUAAAAGUUAAAGCAAUACUUUUCUACCUUUGUCCAAUCAACAUAGUGGAACUGUUUAUUCCAUAAAACAUCAUCCUUUAUGAAAUCUAGAUGUAUUUUAAGGAGACAAUAAAUUAUUUUUUCAGUCUUCAUAUAUUGUGAACUAUUUUUUUUAACCUCCACGGUGCUACAACGUCAACAAUAGUUGCUUGUUUUCUCUUUUGUGGCAGCAAAAGGAAGAUGUUUGACCUCUCUGACCUUUUAC